CCAAUUUUCGUCUCGAGAACAUUAUAAUAUAUCUUGACGAGAUCGAACGAUAAUGUCACCAUUCGUCUCUCUCUCUCUCUCUCUCUCUCUCUCUUUCUCUCUCUCGCGCGCGCGUGACACGAGCAAGCCGCCCGUUCAUCAUCGUAAGAUCGAGACUCGCGCGCGCGCGAGGUCCGCUGACCAAUCCACGCGUGGCUCUCUCCGGUCGGUGACCAGUCAAGCUCUAUGACAGAUAGCCGUGGAACAGUUGCGGCGCGUAGUGCACUCGCUAUGGCGAAUUUCGGCGUGUGCGACAGGACUCGGCGACGUCUCGCGUGCCGCGGCGCGCGUCCAAAAUCGCCGAGUCGGCGACGCUUCGUCCGACGAACGGCGCGAUCCUGUCGCAUCGGUGGGCCAUUUUGCGCAGUACCCGUGACCCAGAUUACGAUGGGGGGUUCGCUCGUCUCUUGGAACAGCUGUUGGCUCCGAGACGUCGGCCGGACGCGCGGGGGAAAAAUGCACGUAGUAUAUACAUGUAUAUACUCGACGAGCUGCGCGCGCCUCUUGGCGGCUUGACGCAACAAUGGCGGCUUCAGGGCCGUACGUAUCCGCCGUAUGUUUUAGGCACCCGUUGUCGCGGAAACGAAUUAAUUCGAUAAUAAUCAACAAUAGGUUCAGAGUAAGAGACACGCGAUGAAAGACAAGUCGAAUGCUAAAGCGUGACUCGCUCAAAAGUAAUUAUAUGUACUUUGACAUAUCACUUUGCAAUGCAAAUUUUUAUUCAUCCAAUUAAAGAUAUUGCCUGACGAUGACGUGCAUUUAAAAAGAACCAAUAGUCGCACGAUAUUCAUGAAUACGAAUCCACCAUAUUUAUAGGAAUAUCUAACCGCGGUCUAAUCAAGCAACAUUAUUCCGUCUCUUUAUUAUCUUCAAAGGACUCCGCCGACAAAGGAGUUAAUAAAAAAGGCGCGUGCUUUGGAUAUCGGGCGGACUCGCGUGGUCCUCAUUACACAAGCGCGCGCGCGCGCGCGCGCGUCUUCGCGUUUUUAAUUCGUGUCCUUUAGACACGGACGGUUUGCUCGGAUCGACGCCCGAUGCCGCUUCUGGCGACGGGAGCGGGAGCCUUCUCUCCCGGGCCUCCUCGCGUAGUAGUAUAGUCAUACAUACACGCACACAUACGUAACGUACAAGGCACAAGGCGACAUACGUGCGCCGCUCGUCGCGCCACAAGCGCGCAAGCCACAACGGAUGACGCCGUCGUGCGAUGGGAGGCGCUAAGAGCCGGCAGCAGCGCCCAAGUGGUUGGUAACAGAGACGCCGCGCCGCUCGCGCCAAUACGCUCCUGCGCAGCAUCUACCCCCACCCCGUCGUCGUCGCUCGCCGCCGUUCGCCGUCCGUCGUAGUCGUCGUCGUCGUCGUCGUCGUCCCGUGUCCCGUGUCCCGUCCCGCUACGCGACCAGCGGUUCCUUGUUUGCCAUCACGCGAAAUCCAAUAGUUUGCCUUGUACCGUGGUGAGGGAGUGCGGAUGCGCGGUUCGGCGAUUUCGCGUAUACGCGUCGACUCGCGAGCGGAGAAAAAAAGUGCGGUGAGGAAAUUGAGGAACGAGAGAGGAGAGAGAGUGUGAGAGAAGAGAGCCACCCGGUGCGAUGCGUGCCCCGUGCCCGCGCCAAAGAUGCCCAUUAUCCCGCGUUUGUUUACCCACACGACGAGAUUUCGCCGAUUUUGCUGAGAAGUGAUCUCCCGCGCGCGCAUAUCCGCGGUAGCGGGAGCACACAGUGAAUUCCGUACCUAUCUACCUAUCUACCUAUCUACGGACGACCGGACCAACCGGCCCGUUAAGGCUUCGUUGAUUUUUUGGUUGGUGAAAAGACGAGGAAUCGAGGAAGAGAGAAAAAGACGAAGAGGCGCGGAACACGUAUAAAAAUUGCGCGAAGGGGCGAAGGAGGAGGAGGAGGAGGAGGAGGAGGAGGAGGAGGAUCCGAGUGUUGUAUGUGGAGAAAGAGAACGAGAAAGUAAGAGAGAGACAGAGAAAGAGAGAGAGAGAGAGAGCGAGACAGUGUGUGAAACAGAGGGAGCGCGAACGCGCGAACGGAAGAGAAACAGAGAGAGGUGGAGACGGUGUAUGUGUAGUACGUGUAUGUGCGCGUGAGAGACGGAGAGAGGCGACGAGAAAGAUAGAGAAGGAGAGCUUUUGUGGUGUAUGUAAGGGUCGAUUAUACGCCGUCGACAGAGGCUCGACUGCGAGGGAAGGAACUACUGGUGAUACGGCUAACCGCGAGGAGGGUGCGCGAGGAGGUGAGCCCGCGAGAGAGGAGGCUCCUUUUAGCGGUGGCGGACCGAGUGACCGCACGCGGCGCGAACGUUACAUUACUUGUCGCGGAGCCCGCUCGCGCGCGGGGAAUGCGUUAUGUAUUUACGUAGAAUAUUGCGUAACGUACAGGGGGCCGGCUAGUGUGUUUGGGAAAAACGCGCGCGCGCGCGCGCGCCACCGACCAAAUAUCCUCGCUUUCGUUUAUACUCGCCUUUAACAAAUUUUCCGCGAUUCCGGGGGACGGUGCCCCCCUGAGGGACGGUGACGGUGGAGGAGGAGAAGUGCGGGUUGGUUGACUCUAUACCGGCGCAAGUUUCGCGCGUGCAUACGCAGCAGGAAUCUCCAAGCAACCCGGCCGCCGCCGCCGACGCCGCGAUCGAAAGUUUCGGGGGAGCUGGAUAGAGAGGAGAGCUCUCGGCUCUUGACUCGGCGACGCCAGUGCACUAUACUCGCGUCAAGGGACGUAUCUCGACGCCACCACCAUCUCCGUUACCUCGUCGUGCCCGUCGUCGCGCUUCUGCGACGAAACUACGUAGGAGAUAGGGACGCAGGACGUUUUCUCAGAUGGAAAUUGCACUUCCAAUGUGAUUUGCAAUGAAACGUAUUCGUGGACUAGACGACGUAACAUCACCACCAGCAAGGCACUCAACGGUGAGUGCGGGAAGCGGCUUAGGUGGUGGAGGAGGUAGCUUAGAAUAUCAUACAAGCAGUGGGAUAGGUGUUGUUGUACCUGGUCAAGCAGUUCGAUCUGUUGCUUCGAAAGAAAUGCCAGGGAGUAUACAAUUUGGUACUGCCCAAGCUCAACAGCAAUAUACCGGUGCAAUUGUUGUGCCAACGGCAGCACCAUCUCCCAUCAAACAGGCGAGUGGUUCUACGGGAGGACUUAGUUCUACAUGUAGCAGUAGCAACAUAAAUAGUAGUGGUUUGAAUAGCGGAUUAGGUAGCGGCAAUAGUCAUACCAUGGCUUCCCAACAACCUGCAUCAGGAUCACAAAAUCAAGUACAUACGCAACAGCAAUCGACAAUAAGGCAUAAGGUGCAUACUGGUAAUGUAACACCACUGGCAUCCACUCCACCUGGCUCCAACCAAGGAGGAGCAGGAGGAGGAUCCCAGUUCCAGAGAUUAAAAGUGGAAGAUGCGCUAUCUUACCUAGAUCAAGUCAAAUAUAAAUUCAGUGAUCAACCACAGGUGUACAAUGAUUUCUUGGAUAUCAUGAAGGAAUUUAAAUCUCAAAGUAUAGAUACUCCGGGCGUUAUAACCCGAGUGAGUCAUCUAUUCAAAGGACAUCCCGAGCUUAUUGUUGGUUUCAAUACAUUUCUCCCACCAGGCUAUAAAAUAGAGGUACAAGCAAACGAACAAGGAUAUGCCUUUCAAGUGUCUGUCAGUAUGCCCAGUCCAACAGCAACGCACACAGCUACGUUAUCUCAGCAUCAUUGUACAGUCAAUGUUGGUUCACCUCCUGUGGCUAGCCCACCUACGCAGCCCGCAAAAGCACCCCCAGUUUUACAAAUAAUGCAAGGGUCGGGCAACAUACACCAUACUUUAGCAAACAGUAUUACAACUAACAGUUUAACUGUUCACGCGCCUUCACCACCGCCGGUACCAGUGUAUAAUAAUUCUCAUGUUAGUACUGCACAAGCGCAAGCUGUCAGUCAAGCUUUAAGUCAAGCAGAUGGUGUAUCAACUGGUGGACAAACACAGCAAAGUCAGCCAGUAGAAUUCAACCAUGCGAUAAAUUAUGUUAAUAAAAUCAAAAAUCGUUUCCAAGGUCAACCAGAUAAAUACAAACGUUUCUUGGAGAUAUUACAUACGUAUCAAAAAGAACAGAGAAACUUAAAGGAAUCUGGACAUAUGGGAGGUACGAGUUCUGGCGCUACAACUGGAGCAAAACAUUUAACAGAAGCAGAAGUUUAUAGUCAAGUGGCUAAAUUAUUUGAAAAUCAAGAAGACUUACUUGCUGAGUUUGGACAAUUUUUGCCAGAUGCUACUAAUCAGCAAAGUUCGUUGUCUGCUAUGUUUCAGACUAACAAAACAACAUCGAUUAACGAUCAUACGGCGAUUGUUAAAAAACCAAUUGGUCUCAAAACACCUUACAACAAUUCUGGGACUAUUUCGAGAGAUCUUCGAGAAUCCAGCAGUACGGCCGGAUUGGAACGCGAUAAUCGAGAUCAUAGAGAACGGGAACGAGAACGAGAUAGAUCGAACGUACGAGACAUCAAUAGCGGUCAGAAACCUGGGCAUAGUACCGGACAGUUGAAAAGGAGUCCAUCAUUUUCAACUUCGGCAACAGCCGGAAAUUCUCAUCACGUACAACAUGGACCGCCGCCUUUGAAGAAACCUAAAGUUGCUUCGAUGCGUGACGUUACUAUAGCGGAAGCUGGCAAAUAUGGUACUUUGAACGACUAUGCGUUCUUUGACAAGGUUCGAAAGUCACUCAGAUCACAAGACGUUUAUGAGAACUUUCUUCGAUGCCUUGUACUUUUUAAUCAAGAAAUAGUAUCAAAAUCGGAACUUGUUUUGUUGGUGACACCGUUCCUUGGCCGUUACCCAGAACUCUUACGUUGGUUCAAAGAUUUCCUUGGUUAUUUACCAGCUGAUUCGUCCGCCACUACGACGGCAAACUCGGGUAAUGCAGUAGGCGUGGAGACUUUCCCAAACAGUGUUGUACGGAGCCAUCAGGAACGACCGCAAAAUGACUUGGCGAUAGAAAUCGAUUAUGCAGCGUGCAAACGAUUAGGAGCGUCGUAUUGCGCAUUGCCAAAGUCGUAUAUUCAACCAAAAUGUGGUGGCAGAACGCAAUUAUGUAAGGAAGUUCUCAACGAUACAUGGGUCUCGUUUCCAACUUGGUCAGAGGACAGUACAUUUGUAACAUCAAGGAAAACUCAAUACGAGGAAUCCAUAUAUCGUUGCGAGGAUGAACGUUUUGAAUUGGACGUCGUUAUAGAAACCAACGCAUCGACAAUUAGGGUACUCGAAGGCGUUCAUAAAAAGAUGAAUAGAAUGAGUCAAGAAGAAGCGCAGAAAUAUAAACUUGACGACUGUCUCGGUGGUUCUUCCCCGACGAUUCAUCAACGAGCGAUAAAGAGGAUAUAUGGCGACAAAUCUCACGAUAUCAUAGAAGGUCUCAAAAAGAAUCCUCAAAUAGCCGUGCCUAUUGUACUCCGCCGGUUGAAAGCUAAGGAGGAAGAAUGGCGGGAGGCACAAAAGGGUUUCAAUAAAAUCUGGAGAGAACAGAACGAAAAAUAUUACUUAAAAUCCUUGGAUCACCAGGGAAUUAACUUUAAACAAAACGAUGUAAAAGCAUUGAGGUCUAAAAGUUUGUUCAAUGAAAUCGAAACCAUAUAUGACGAGAGACACGAACAGGGUGAUGACAGUAAUGGUGAUGGUCAGGGAAAUAGUGGUCCACACCUCAUUCUACCAUACAAAGAUAAAUCUGUAUUAGACGAUGCAGCUAAUCUUUUAAUUCAUCAUGUUAAACGGCAAACCGGUAUCCAUAAGGAAGACAAGCAGCGGAUAAAACUUUUAUUAAAGCAUUUCAUACCUGAUCUCUUUUUCCAUACACGACAAGAACUUAGUGACGACGAAAGGGAUGAAGAUGAUGAAAAGGAUAUAAAUGUGGCAUCGUGUAACAAUUCCCAGUCCUCGACGACUACUUCGUCGUUAAGUGGCCUGCAAGCUAAUAGGAAUAAGGCUUCCGUAUCGCCAAAUACGUCUUCCACCUCCGCCAAAAAUGAAGCCGAUAUCAAAGUACCUAUACACGCUCUCUCGAAUGAUCCCGAAGAGGCAUAUACACUUUACAUGGCCAGUAAUAAUUGGUACCUCUUUUUGAGGUUACAUCACAUACUCUGCGAGAGAUUGACGAAAAUGUACGACAGAGCAGUCGCUCUCGCCGAGGAGGAGUCAAAGUAUAAGCAACAACGCAAGGAAAGUACAGCGAUCGCUUUAAGAUUAAAACCAAAAAGUGAAAUUGAAAUUGAGGAUUAUUACCCCGCUUUUCUGGACAUGGUAAAAAAUGUUCUCGACGGAAACAUGGAAAGCACAGCGUACGAGGACACGUUACGAGAAAUGUUUGGUAUACAUGCCUACAUUGCCUUUACUCUUGAUAAGAUCGUAACUUACGCUGUGAGGCAAUUGCAGCACUUAGUCACAGACACCAUAUGCCAGCAAUGCAUGGAAUUAUUCCAAAGAGAGCAACGUCAACCUAAAGAAAGCAGCGGAGCCGGCGGGUUGUGCGCUACGGCAUAUAUGAGAUUAAGUGCUGAAUUAGCAUAUCAACGCAAAGCGGAAAAAACAAUGGUCGAUGAAAAUUGUUUCAAGAUAUAUAUAUACAAGAAAGACUGUAAAAUGACAGUGGAGUUGUUAGAUACAGAGGGCGACGAAACGGUGGAUAGUGGCUGUAGAGAGAGAGAAAGGGAAGGCGUCACAGUCUCUGAAAAAUGGUCGACGUACGUUGAGAGAUUUUCUGCACCAGCUGGUCAGGCUAGCCCAAAAGACACUCCUGCCUUAACAGAGAAUGAGCCACCGACCAAUCAUCCUGUGAGUAGCGACCAGGCAGCAAGGGGGGGGAGGGGCAGAAAACGCAAGAACACUGACAUUAGCAAGAAGAUGGACGGAAAUAGUUGGAGUUCCUUAGGCAGAGCUUCGGCGGGACGGAAGCCCAUCUUUCUCUAUCGCAAUAUUAAGUCUUAUCGAAAACACGCUGCGAGAUUAGCAAAGGAGAAACAAUCUUUGCUUAAUACCAAUCAUCCGGAGAGAGUCACAGACUCGGUCGACGCUCCCGACAUUAUCAAUUCCGACGAGACGCAAUGUAGAUUUAAUCCAAACAGCUAUACCAUGCUUUUCAUUGUUCAUAAGGACAGGUUUCUUUACAAACAGAAGUCUAUCAACCGCGCUAGGAUGUCUCAUCCAGCUGUAACGAAGCGUAUGGACACGAAAUUCCACCAUUGGCACGCAUCGUGGAUAUCGAAGAAUGGCACGGACACUCAACAUCGAUUGUGUCAAGAUUGGCUGAUGGGACGCUACGAGAAUUUGAUUCCCCAUAGGACACGAGUUGUAACGAACAAUGAUCAGACACGUUCUCCUUAUCGGCAAUACAAUCGUUUCAAAGUAGAACGUCUGCAAUCUGAUCUAUUGACUUCGGAGCCGUGUGUCUAAUCUUACUCGACGGAAUUUCUCUUGUUAUUUAAAAUUUUCCAAUAUCGCUACGCUCGGCACAAUUAAUCUCGUAUCAGCGAAAGUUAUUUUUUUUUUUUUUUUUUUUUUUU